AUGCGAGAAACAUUAGGAUUUCCCACAUGUGGGGCCUCGUGGUUCAACUAUGUAAACGAAUGGGAAAUUGCGAAGAAGACCAAUCCUCGCCUGAAAUGUCUGAAUCUGCGAUACGAGGAUCUGAAAGAGGAUUUAUAUUCAAAUAUUGUAAAAUUGGCAAGGUUCCUUGACGUGGAAAACAAUGAAGAAUUCCUGAGGCAAUUGGAGCAAACAUUGACGAUUGAUAAUCUGAGAAACGAACACCAAACACAAAAGGGACGCACAUCAAAAUUUUCAGCUUGGAUCAAAGAUGGAAGACUUCCGAUUUAUCGAAAAGGAAUUAUCGGAGACUGGAAACAAAAAUUCACUGUCGAACAGAAUGAGAUGUUUGAUGCUGUGUAUAAGAAAAAGAUGGCUGCUAUGUCUCUUGACCUCGAUUUCGUCUUUGAAUGAGAUAUGUUAAGAUGCAAUCCUGGCAUCAAUGUAUAAAAGGGUGGCGGUUUUAAUUGUGUGCUAAGUUAUGGCGUUCUACACUGUUCGUGUUCAUCGUUAUGUAGGCCUAUAUAUAUUAUAUGUAUUCGGAGAAGGUUCUAAGAAGUAGUAGUGCCCCUGGAAAAUGAUAUAAAACAAAUGAGAAGGAGUGCCAUGGAUCUUACGGACAUAUCAUAUUGGAAGGUUGAACAUUUUUAAUCCUACUGUUAAAUUUCAUGUAAUAACAAAAGUGUUUACUCAAAUCUCGGCCUGUCUCUGAUUUACGGAAUUGGUCUGAACAAUGUUCAUCGAAUCCUUACUUAUAAAGAGGUUUCCUUUGGAAAUAAUAAAACUGUUUUCGACAAAUGAAAUUCAGUACUGAAUCAAUAUAACUCUUUGAUUGUCGACCGGCCGUACUAGUUAACAGGUUUCAGUACUAAUUCUAUGAUCAAGAGUGAUUGGUGGAUAUGGAAUUUAUUUCACACG